AGGGGCCGGUCCGGCUGCGUCACUCGCCAACCCCCUCUCGUCUCCUCUCUGCUUCCUCGUCUCUCUCUCUCCCCUUCCUCUCACCGCCCCCUUCGGGCGUCUGUGACGUGAAGUUCGAAAGCGGGACCUACCCUCCCGUCGCCAUUUUUUUUUUGUACUCACACUCCUCGGCGCCUGUUAAGAGGCGACGGGCGGUAAGAACAGCCAAGUGUUACGGAAAAACAACGCGUAGGAAUAUUAGCGACGUGCCUGACAUGCACGCGCACGCGCCGAGCCGCUGUUGUGUAAGAAUCUUGUCUCGUGUGAAGAAGACGUGUGGCGGGCCGCCAUCUUUCUCCUUCGCCGCCUCCAAAGUCCGCUCCGACUCGAGACGGGGGCUUCGAGUAGGCCUUUCCGCGACGCGUGUGCCGAGGAGCUUAUGCUAAGUCAUUUUUCCCACCGGCGACGUUCAGCCGACAUGAGGAAUUGUCAGACGAACAACUGAGACCACUUCUCCCCAGCCCUCCACCUCGUCGUCGUUGUCGUCGUCCUCCUCCUCCUCCUCCUUCUCCUCAGAACCGACACAGACCGGAGCAGCUAACUGACCAGACGAGAAUCUUCGGUGUCUUCUGGGAAGGAGGAAACAAAAGGGGAAGCUUCAUCGAUCAUUUGUUGCUUUGGCGGCAGUUCAUGUUUAUGUGUCAGAUGUCCACUGCUCGCUUUGACUCAUCUGAUCGUUCGGCCUGGUAUUUUGGACCCGUGUCACGCCAAGAGGCACAGAAUAGGUUACAAGGACAGCGACAUGGCAUGUUCCUGGUUCGAGACUCGUCCACCUGCCCGGGGGACUACGUGCUGUCGGUUUCCGAGAACUCCAAAGUGUCUCACUAUAUCAUCAACUCUUUGCCCAGCAAGAGGUUUAAGAUCGGUGACCAGGAGUUUGAGCACCUGGCUGCCCUCUUGGAGUUCUACAAAAUCCACUACCUGGACACGACCACGCUGAUAGAACCAGCUCCCAGGUACCCAAGCACAGUGAGCGGUCCGAUCCAGCCCAUGGGCGGCCAAGAAGAGAACCUGGAGUAUGUUCGGACUCUGUAUGACUUCACUGGCAGCGACGCCGAGGACCUCCCCUUCAAGAAGGGCGAGAUUCUCAUCAUUCUCGAAAAGCCCGAGGAGCAGUGGUGGAGCGCCAAGAGCAAAGACGGCCGCGUCGGUAUGAUCCCCGUUCCCUACGUGGAGAAAUUGGUACGACCCUCGCCCCAUCCGGGUCAGCCGACCCUCGGAUCCCGCAACUCCAACAGCUACGGCAUCCCAGAGCCCUCACACACCCUCGUCCACGCCUACGCCCAGCCGCAGACCCCGUCGCCACUGCCUCCGGGCACUCCCGGAGCAGUCAACACUCCGCUGCCAUCAUUGCAGAACGGACCUGUCAUGGCUAAAGCCAUCCAGAAACGAGUGCCCUGCGCCUAUGACAAGACAGCUCUUGCUUUGGAGGUGGGUGACUUAGUCAAGGUGACGCGGAUGAAUAUCAACGGUCAGUGGGAGGGAGAGGUGAACGGACGUAGGGGUCUCUUCCCAUUCACCCACGUGAAAAUCCUAGACCCCCAGAACCCGGACGAGAGCGACUGACUGACCUGAGGGUAGACCUCCUUGCCCGGACCGAGCUGUACGCGAGUCUGCCCCAGUCUACCACCCAGUGUCACUGUGUGCUUUUCCUGCUUGGGGCUGUACCAUGACAAUGCCCCCCAAACGUCCCCCUCGCUCGCCCUCGCUCCCUCUUUCUCUCUUCUUGCCACUGCUGUUGCCAACUGCUGCAAGGCUUUGACUGUUUACAUCCUUGGAUCCAUCCAAACUAAAAGUGGACUCCCCUGACAAGCAGUGUUCGUACACCGGGUUCCAUUUCACUUCAUCUCUAAUGUAUAUUUACCACAUGACAUGUUUUGAGUGUGUGUAUGUUGUGAUUAUUUGUACAAAUUGUUGGGAGGCGGGCAAUGAGGCAAUGUAAUAUUUUCUCCAAGCAAUCGAGUCUGUCUUACCUUAAUUAAGCACAUACAUGACCGCCUAUGGUGUUGAUGUGCAUCCAUUGCUAAUUCCAAUCUACAAGAUACGUGUCAUUUUUUAUGACUUAUGCCACCUGGACUACAAUUUGUCUAGUUCGCAAUGGACAGGAUGUAUGUAGGCGGAGUGUCUUCGCAUGUCUCCGAGCUCAGACGUUGUACGUCGAGAUGAGCUGCAAGCUUAUGACGCUGAGCUUUGCGACUGCACUUCCAACUGUAGCAGUGGUGGGGAACCUAACAUACUGGCUGGCCCAUAUCAAAUUCUUAAAAAAAAAACUUGCUCACAAUAUAUCAUAAACAUUUAGCAAAUUGUUGUAUCACAUUUUCAGAAAUUUAGUGUGGCCUUCAGAUUACAAGAAAAGUAAAAUGGCCCCUGGUAGGAAAAUGGUUCCCCACCCCUCUACUGUGAGGAGGUUCAGAUGAGAAACAUCUCCCAAGUCUCUGUAAGCCAAUGAGUCCAUAAAUGCCUUUUUUUUUCAGAGAAAGAUAAAUGCAUUAUUUACUGCAUUUAGUGUGUUUUUUAAAUGAUGUUACUCCUCCUUGUCUAUUUAGGAUUUUAACAAGCUUUUUUCUUUAAAUGUUGGGCCCGCACAGCCGAUCUCUUUAUGCAAGCUGCCUCGUGUCAGUUGUGGAAAUGUUGAUUCUAUUUUAACUGUAGGAGCCCCCCCCCCCCCCCCACAUAUCUGCUGAAAAAAAGACCUGCCUCUUUUUCAUGUAUUUUUUGUUUGAUUGUUUUGUUCAAAUUACUCUUUAUUUGGUCAGAUGAGUUGCUGUGACUGAUUGAGUGAUGCUGUUCAACAAAAGGGAAACAGGCCUCUCGGCCAAGGAGACACUUGUGGCCACAUGCUGCUUUAUGUCGUUCAUUUCUUCAUUGUUAUUCUUUUACAGCCUCCUGGUCUUCGCACUUGAUCCAAUCUACUAAUUAAGCAAUACACCCCCGAUUGUCAGUGACCCACCUUGAGGUGAACUUCUCGUGCUUCUCAGUCGUUUUGUAAUGGCAUUAACAGUAUUACUGUGUCCCCUGACUCUUAGGAAAGCCUGUCUUUUACUUAAGGAUUAAGAAUUGUGCCUUUUAUUUUCUUAUACCAUUGACACGUGUUAAUGUUUCCCAUGGUUAACACCUGUGCUGGUAUUGACCCUUUAUGUACAGAACAAGUAAAUAAAAUUUACAUCUACUAGUUGAA